GGGCGGCCCGCGCGCUCGGUCGUUGAGGCAGGAGCUGUCGGCCUGAACGCCAUCUUCAUCCUCCUCAUGUCCCGCGUGUCCCAGGUCUCGGGGUCCAUCCUGCCCCCACUCACGUCCCUCGUGGGGCCCUGGAAAGCUUCACCGGCCCCGGGCGGGGAGCCUGUGGAGGCCGCUGGGACAGGGUCGAGCUCGCUGAUGACUCUGGCCAAGCCCUUCCAGAAGGCGGAGGCACUCCUGCGCCACUGCGUCAGCCCCAGCCUGUGGCUCUCCCCGCGCGCCCGCAAAGGUGCCUACGAUGGCGAGGAGGAGGAGGAGGAGGACUCGCCCGGGGGCCUGGCCCGGCUGGCCCUGGUGGAGCACAGCUUCCUGGGGCUGAGCCGCUGCCUGUGCGUGCAGGAGAACCCGCGGACGGAGACCUUCCAGGGCCGCGUGCGCCCGGCCACCCCCGACACGGCCCAGGGCGCCUUCUCCUACCACGUGGCCCGCAGCAGCGUGGCUCGCCAGUGCGCCGCGCUCCACGCCUUGCUGCAGCACCGGCACCACCUACGCCUCUCCCGCCUCUACACCCUCCGCCUCAAGGCCGCCUCGGGCUUCGUGCGCCGCUUGGCCAGGGCCGAGCGCUGCCUCCCGCAGCCGGCCGACGGGUGCCACGUCAGCUGGGGCCGCGCGCUGCGGGGACUGUGCGAGGAGCUGCGCACCCACGCCUGCCACUGGGACGAGCUGCAGCGGUGCAUCCGCGGCGACCCCUGGCUGCGGCCCGUGCUGCUUCAGCCACGGUGGCAGGAGGUGCUGCGGCACAUGCGGCGGGCGCUCUCCUCGCUGGCCCUGCACGCGGCCUGGCUGCUGGAGCGCUGCGUGGAGGCCGCCCUGCGUGGCCUGGCCGGGCCCCCCCCCGCGCAGGCCGCCCCGCUCACGGACUUCUUCCAGGGGCUGGAGAUCUACAACCAGGUACUCCGUGGCCCAGCCGUGCAGCAGGCCCUUGCGGAACUGUGGCCCUCGCCCCGGCUGCUUGGCAGCCCCCACGCCUUCCCCGUGGAGCGAGUGCUGCGCAUCUGGGCCACAGAGAGGGGCCGGCUGGCAGCCCAGCAGCUGCACUGGCUCCUGCGCCCACCACAGGCGGGGGAGCUUGCUGGGUGCUGGGCCCGCCCCUCCAGGAGGGCGAUGCCCAGCCCGGGCCCCCCCCCAGCCGGUCUCUCCACAGGGCUGCACUCCCUGUGCCAAGGGGAGGACGAGGCGGUGCUGCUCCUGCUGCAGGGACUGGUGGCCUCCACAGACACGCUUUGGCACCACGUCCUCCACCGGCCCCAGCAGGAGAAGCCGCCCGAGUACCUGAAGCCCGCCGAGGGGCCCGGCCCAGCCCCCCUCCCCAGCUGGAAGGCCGUGCGCUGGCUGGACGCCUCCUUUGCUGAGGCCGCGGCGGCGCUGUGCGCACAGUACCGCCCACUGCUCUGGAGCGCCACCGCCUCCGCCUUGGGCCACCUGCUGGAGCUCCACGCACCCGUGGCCGAGCCCCAUGAGGGGCCGGGGGCCACUCCGGGCCUGUGGCUGGGCCGUGCGCUGGCUCAGGGUAAGCAUGGCGGCCAGGAGUGUCGGCUUUCUGGGCGGGCUGUUGCGAGGCCUCUGGGGGGCACGAGGGCAAGUGCCCCCUCCGCCUGCUGGCGGAGCGUUCUCCCGCUGGCGCUCGGUCCGAGGGAGCCAUCGAGGGAGGCCAGCGGGAACGGGCACCCCAGUCUCCAGGCAGGGCCCCCUUGGGCUGGGCAGCUCCUGGGAGACUCCCUUCCACCCCAGAGCUGCCCCGCACCCUGGGGCCCGCUUCGGGGAUGGCUUUGUGCUCGGGCGGGAGGACUCAGUCCCCCAAGAGGUGCCCAUGCCUGCCUGUGUCCGCUUGCAGCCCGCAUCCCCCCGGACGGCACCGAGGAGCUGCGGGGCCUGGCACGGCGCCUCCUCCUGCGCGACAUCCAGUGCCGCUGGGACCAAGGUUUCUGCCGCAUGCUGGGCUCUAGCCUCGCUGACAAGUGCCUGCCCCGGCCCGCCAUGGCCACGGACGCCGCCACGGCCUGCAGCCAGACAGCAGAGCUCCUGCGCAGCCUGUACCCACGCCUAGCCCGCGGCCUGUGGUGCCUGGACAAGCAGCCCGGCGGGUGCACAGCCGGCCGCCUCAGAGCCGCGGGCCCCCGCCUGGAGCUGCUCACGCUCGUGGCCGCCACCAGCCAGCACGCCUGCUACUGGGCCAUGAGCCGGGCCCACCAGUACCUGGCCUCCUGGUCGCUCGGCCAGUUCCUGCUCGUGACCCAGGGAGACCUGCAGCUGCUGAAGGCUGAGGCAAGCGGGAUCUCUGCCGCAGUUGCCACGGCCUUUCCCAGGGGCGGGGAGCUGCGCAGCCCCCUCGUGGCUCAUCAGGAGCAGGAGCUGGGCCAGCACGUCCACUCCGCAGCCACCAGCCUCCAGCGGUUUGCCGACGACGUGCUGGAACUUUUCUCCUCGGACUGCAAGCGCAUGUCUGCGGAGGUUUUUGGGCAGACCAUGCCGCUCGGCAAGCAGUGGCGCCUCGCUCUCCAGACAGAGCUGCCCGCCUCGCCCAGCGAGUACGCCUUGGCGGCCGUCCAGUCUGUCCUGGGCCAGGUGCUGCAGGGCAUCCAGCUCCUGCCCCGAGACGCCCAGGGGCUGGCCCUCAGCCAGGCCACCACGGCCUUCCUGGAAGCCUGGAUGGACCACAUCCUGGCCCAGAAAAUCAAGUUCAGCCUCCAGGGCGCCCUUCAGCUGCAGCAGGACUUCAACCUGGUCCGGGAGUUGCUGCAGGCCGAGGACUCGGGGCUCUCGCCGGAGAUCAGGCAGCUGGUGUGCUCCCUCCCCGUCUUCCAGCAGGCGGACAGCGCCGUCGCCUGCCUCCUGCAACAGCCCAGCAAGGGCUCUCUGCCCUUGCACACCUGGGACGCCUUCCACACGUGCUGCUCCUCAGACGGGAUCCGCACCCCGGACGGCGGCCCAGGAAGCCUCAACAGCUUGGAGAGCCUGGAAGCGCUGCCCGGCCAGGCAAGGGUUGCUCUGGAGAGCCACGCACAGGGGGCCGGCUGCAGCCCUGCCGCCUACCUCAGCCCCACACAGCAGGAGUGGCUGGCGCUGCGGCUGCACGGGGGCCGCCGGUGGAAAGUGCCUGCCCUCCCCUGCAUGAGCCGGACUGCCGAGCCCUGAGAGGGCCGCCCUGGCCUGCAGCUGCCGGAGCCCGGCCCGCCAGGGCCCGCUCCCCACACGCAUCGGGUCGCCCUCUCCUCCAGUGCCUCUGCCAGCGUGUGCCUUGUUCCUCUGGGCUGGCCUGCCUUCCACACCUGGCCCCAGGGCAGGGACCACCCUGUGAGCCAGCAAGUCCUGUGGGCUUCCGCACCAGGGCCUCGUGGCCGCCUCCGGGCAGCCAUAAAGAAGAGACGUUGGGCCGGCUUUUCCGUGGCUCUGCAGGCCCUCUAGGCAUAGUCUUCGGAAGUGGCUUCAGGCUGACGGGAGUAGCUGCCAGAUGAGCCAAGCAUCCGCUGUGCAGCUGCCGCCAAAGCAACAAGCCACCUUGCAGGGUGUGGCAGGGCCACUGCUCUGUGCCACGGGGCAGCUCGUGAGUGCCCACCCCCAUUCACUGUUUCGUACUUAAAUUCACACUCCCCAAGCGACCCUCACACUGUAGCCAGGAACUCCCUGUUUGCGUUUAGGAAUAAAUGCAAUUUAACAGAAUUACUCUGCUCUGCAUCGAAGACCCCGAUUCAGAGUGUGCCAUUCCAUGAAACAAGCCUCCAAGUCUCCACUCAUGCAGAGCUCUUCAUAAACCAAUAACAUCCCCAAAACCAAGUAAAACUGGUUUUCUUUAUUUAGUAGGUUCAUACAGGGCUUACAAUAUGUGCAAGCAUUAGCAUAAUCUACCAAGAAGAUUCAGAUGAUGCAAGAAAUGCAAAAACUUUUCUCUGGACCUUUUAAAAAAACAUUAAAGCCACAAACUCGCA